AUGGCGGGGCACGGAGUCAAGUUAGACACCCUAAAGGACUGUCUCAUGUUCCUGGAGUGGUUGAAUGAUAAGAAAGGUAUGCAGGGCCUGGUGGCCAAAGAGCUGUGUGAUCGUAUUAAACAAUAUUAUCAGAAGGAGGCAACAACUCUUGCUGUAGACGUUGAAAAGGGCUUGUCCCCGUUCCUCAACAAGGCCUCAACGUUCUAUAAUAAGCUGGCCACAAAUGCUGUUGCCGGCAAUCAUGAUGGUAAAAGCGCAAAGGAAGUCACCGAUGCGCUUCUAGAGUGUCUCCCGAAAUUUCUUGCCGCCAUUUACUUCUUGCAGUACUGCAUCAAUAAUACCUUCAAAGAGCUGGGCGGCGGGGGGUGGCAGUAUGACUGGCUAGGAUACGAUGGGGAGCAAUGGGACUGGAGUCGGUUCAAGUAUGUGAGUGGCGGUGACCUUGCUAAAUAUCUCUACGCGAGAACCGACGACCAAAAGUACAGCCAAAUCCCCGGGUUGAUACCAGGCGGGUUCGGUAAAGACGAGGUAAAGCAGGGCUCUUUGGGGUCUGGCUACCCCCAGGGAACUCAAAUGUAUGUGGACCUAGAAGCCAUUGUAAAAAAGAACCCCUACAAUUUCUUUCGCAGCGUCUUUGUCAGUUCCGCCAUUGGAGAAUCAGCCAAUCGUAACGAGAGCACGGCUAACGCUCUCUCGCUGGUGAGAACCUUUUGCGACAUUGUUCUUGGGGAGAAAGACAAGGAAGGCGGUAAGUUAAUAGCCGCAUUAAAUGCAGAUCUAAAAAGUCACGUGUAUUCAUCCGGCAAAUCCAUUUGCUGGAAAGACUUAAGAGCACAUUGCGAUAUGCUUAGAAAACAAUUUGACAGAUUUCUCGUACAUAAAAGCUUUGACUUCACAGGACAGUCGACGGAUACCAAGCAUCUGAAUAAAGAGGAGUUGGCGAAGAAAACAGCGGAUUGGUUCAGAACGAAUCUGAUCCUUGUGCGGGGAAAAUUGAAUGAUAUUAAAUCAUAUGAAGCUUCGAGUAAGGAUCUUGGUGCAUACUUCACAAAAAACCUCUUCCCCUACGGAUUCACAUUUCAUGGACAAACCCGCUUUGGAAUAUCGGAAACGGAUGCAAACAGUUUAGCAAAGGAUCUGUACACUGUAAUCAAUGAGCUUCAGAGAAGUGGCGGCGAUUUGGAGAGGCUUGUGGAGAUUCUGAAUGGUGAAGGAAAAACAUGUAAAGAGCCUGAGCCUCCACCUAAAAAGCCUGAGGUGCCGCCUGCCAAGGAUCAUGAAGGAACUCCCAACCAAGGCAAGAAAGCUGAGGGAGCACAGAACCAGGGCAAGAAAUCUGAGGGCGCACAGAACCAGGGCAAGAAAUCUGAGGGCGCACAGAACCAGGGCAAGAAAGCGGAGGGAGCACAGAACCAGGGCAAGAAAGCGGAGGGAGCACAGAACCAGGGCAAGAAAAGUGAGGGAGCGCAGAACCAGGGGAAGAAAGUGGAGGGGACUUCAGAUCAAGAUACUGGUCAAGGUCGAGAUGUGUCUUCAGGUUCAGCAAGUGGAGACUCUGCUAAAACUCCGUCUCCCGGUGCUCCAGGCCCGCCGGGGUCUACUGGCGAUGAAGGACAGCAAGGGAUUACUGGUCCAGUGACUCCGGCAUCUACUCCGGUUCCAGGUUCCCCAGUUCAAACUCAUGACCAAACUUCGCCUAAAGGGCUUCCAGGCAUGUCAGUUCCUCCACCUCCGCCGCCCCCUCCCCCUCUUCCUGGAGGCCCUGGCAUCCCUGAGUCCACUAGUCAGCCGGGUGGUACGGGUCAGGGUUCAAAGGGCGGUGAUGCUUCAGGUCAACAGCCUGGUGCCUCUCAAGGUAACGUGCUUACUCAGCCUACAAGUGCUUCAGGUCCAAGCUCUGUGUCAGCUGGUGGCCGGGGGGCUGUGUCAGCUGGCAGUGGAGGGGCUGGUCAACAAGGUAAUCGAGAUGUUACUCAACCAACAAGUCAAAGCACCGAUCACGAUUCAAGCGGCGACGCUAAUACGUCGGAUGCCCCGGCGUCUGGUGGAGGGACUCAAAGUCCAAAGUGUGCCAAGGACUUUACGCCCGUCACACUUUGGCAGGGUAGCGGUACGUACUGUGUUAGAGAUGCAAAGUCUCCUGUCCAAAAUUACUAUAAAGAUAAUGAUACCACCAGUCAGCAACUCUGGGAGGACUAUAAGCAGCGUGAAAUAUUGCCGCUGAUUGAAGAAAAAAUAAAAGCAAGGAGGCGUGAGAAGGAAGAGGAGGAACGCAAAAGGGAAAACGAGCGUCAACUUAAAUAUCAGUCCAUGCUUCCAGAGAUUGGAGUACUAUACAAACCACGAGAGUCCUCGCAGAACCUGGAGGAGGCGUAUCGUACGGCUGUGCAGAAUAAAAUGAAAGAUGCAGCGCCGAAUGUGUCUCUCGAGAUCACUCGGCGUACAGGCGCUUAUGCAAACAAUCAUGACGAUGGAGUAACGGCCGAUGUAGAUGAACCGUUGGCGUUCGACAUUGCCAAACCGGAUCCCUUAGACCUUAGCAAGUACGUUGUUUUGGAUAUUGUCAAGCCAGACCUGUUGGAAGAGAAAAAACCCGUAGCCUCUGAUCUUUACAAGUCAGUGGCGUUAGGGGUUAAGGGGAGAAGUGAGGCAGAUGGGUUUGACAAUCCAGCGGUGGCUAUUCUAGACGGGCAAGAUGCGCUGGAGGACCAUGUACCUGUGUUGCAGAAUCCACAGGAGGCUGAGAAACAGGAAAUGCUCGCGCAGCAAGGUAAUGCCUUAACUGGAACAACCACCGAUAACUACCAAGGUAUAAGUGCGUUUAAACCUCGGCCAGGUGCCCAUCCCAUUGGGACGUUUAGUGGUAAUGCGUUAUAUAAACUAGAUACACCUAACGCAAUGCCACUUAACGUAGAGUUUACGGGCCAGGCAACUCCAAACGCCCAAGGCAUACAGAAUUCUACGCCGUCCGGGUUUUUCGCUGCCAUUGGCAUACCUAAGGGCCGGCCGUUAAAACCAGCGAACUAUGUCCGGGCUUUGCCGCCCGUGUCGGACAUCACAGGCAAGAGUAUACCUGAUCGUGAUCUAAAUGCACGCCUUCUUCCUCCUUCACCAAUUGGUAAGCACCCUGUUCCCAUAAUGCAGCCUGGUAAAAGAGAACAAGAUGUGGACCGUUACCAGCCUGCCGUUAUUCGCAGAGACCUAAUUCGUCCCAAAUUCCCGACCAUUGUUGAGUAUAUCGAUGAUCACCCGGGGCUUAUGAUCGAUCCAGGCAUCUGCCCUGCGUCUUAUGGAAAUUCCGUCCUACCCGUCGGCCGAAUGGUACCGCCUACAGAUUAUUUCAGUCCAUCACCUAAGACGGUGCGUGAAAUGCUGUGCUGGCUGAGCGAUCUGCCUGGUGCGCCGGGGUACGCCGCACUGACACAACACAUUGCGGGCUUCUUUGACCGCUCCAAGAUUAUUGCGCCGCCCGCAUCUUUCUCAGACAAUGAUUUUAUGGUUACUCUGUCUGACACGUGCUGCCACGCCAGCGCUGUCCUUACGGGAAUUCAUGGGUCCAAGCCUCCGGACCUAUCGCAAUUCCACUAUGAACGCUACGACGUUCCAUUGAUGCACUACUCCGAAGAUCCCUGCACGAUGCUGUGCCAGUUGCUCAGUUACGUUUAUGCGGCGUGCCAUCAGUUAUCGUUUCUCCGCACUCAGUGCAGCCGGGACACGCACUCUGGUGGAUGGCGUGACUGCAAGUUUGGUAGAGACGUGAAGGUCUCUAAAUCAUGGAAGUGCUCCAAAUCUCCGGUGGAUCCUACGAAAUUGAAGGGUCACGGCUGCGACGCCUCCCCGCUGCAAGGCUUUCUCACCGACCAGUCUGUGCUGUCAACCUACUGGUAUCAGAGGGGCAAUAUAUGCCGGCGGAGCCGUGUGAAAAUGGGCUUUCUUCCGCACGAUUUGCGUGAAGAGUCCAAGCAUGGAUUCUACAUUUAUCAGAUUCUGAAAGGCCUGUGUUACAAUGCCGACCAACUGGAGAAGCUUUGCACAUACCUCAACUGCCUCACCAGGCGGACGCCGCGCACCACAGGGGAGCUUGUCUCGUUCUUUCACAAUUUCGGGAAUUCACUGCACAAGCCUCCAUCAGAGUUGUCCAUGCUGGGCUCCGCUCUCUCCGCUCCACAUGAAAACUGCCCCAAGUGGGACUCUCUUGCUGCCGACGACCUCCGAGUCAUCAAGGACGCACCUGGUUACGCCCCUUCCAGCUCCAACCACCAAGAUCAUCCCGAUACCCUGUCCACGCUGCUUGGUUGCGGCAUCAAUAAUUUAAAGUGCUCACAACUUAUGAAGCCCAUCACCUACCGGGCCUACACCCUGUACUCUUCCAGCUUCGUACACCACUACCUCAGCUGGGCGGUGUACCUACCCGACAGACUUUGGGAGUCGUUGGACAGACUGAGCAGAGACAUGAAGAAGCAUGAUAGCGUAAAGUGUGCAUCCCUUCAUAACUGCGCCGACGCUCUGCCCCUCCUCUACUCUCACGGGUUCACUCCGCCGGACGGGACUCCGCAGUCGCCACUCACGUGUUCCGAGGUCAUCGUCAAGCUGGAGGAAGUGGUCUCCGGAAAGCCUAUCGCAAGGCUCAUGACCGCCAUGGACAAUUUCCUCUACAGAGUCCGGGAGCCCUUCUUCUAUACUCUGCUCACACUGUGGUCUGCCGCGUUCCUCGUCCUAGCUCACACGUUGCUCUACCGCAUCGACGUAUUGCGCAUCCGCUCCCACCUCCUCACCACCAGGGCCUCCCACCUCAUCGACGUCAAGGCGCUGCUCGCCGGCAGCCGCAGGAUGCUCUCACUCUACCACGGCGUCGACUACUUCGACGACGACCCAAUGGGUCAACAUGAUAUCAGAUAG